AUGAAUGAAAAGAUAGGAGUUGGUAAAACGUGGGCUCAGGAUGUUCUACUUUAUAAUAUAAAAAGUCUUGAAAGAGAGGAAAAAGAUUUUUCUCUUUUGUAUAUUACCUAUUUAUUAAAUAUGAUAUAUAAUAAAUAUAAGAGUAUACAACCAGUAUAUAUUUAUUUUAUAUGUUCUCAAAAAAAAGAAAAGGAUAUGUGUAUUGAUAAUAAUAAAAAUUACAAAACAAAUGUUCAUAAGAAUCAUGACCAAAAUAGUUUAGUAUAUUAUACUCCUAGUUCUAUUAUGGAACAAUAUUUUCCAGAUUUAUUUCACAAUGUUUAUUUUUUAUGUGCUCACUAUACUAUAUUAAAUAAAGAAAUAAAUGAAAAAGAUCAUAUAGAUUACAUAAAAUAUAAUAAAGAAAAGCAAAAAUAUGAUGAAAAAAAAGAAACGUUUUAUUUUAUCUUUACAUUUUUUAUGGAACCUCAUUUUAUAUGGGAAGAAUUAAAUAUUCCAAUUUUUCAUGAAAAAGGAUAUGUAGAAUGUAUUUUUGAUUCUGUUAAUAAUCUUAUAAAAUUAAAGAAUAUAUUUAAUCCUUUACAUGACCUCAGACAAAAUACAUAUGAUAAAACGUUAAUACAAUACAUUUUUAAUAUGAAUAAAAAGAGGAACAAAAAAAAAUUUAAUUGUAAUAAUGAUAAUCAAAUUAACCAUGAUACAAAUUAUUAUAAUGAACAUAAUAAUGUGCUAGCAGCAGGUAUCAGAGAUAAUAUAAAACAAAAUAAUAAUAUAUACAAUAAUAAUGGUAAUAAUGAUAAUAAUGAUAACAAUAAUAAUGACAUUAUGAGCGACAUUUUGAAGGAUAUUAUGAAUGGAUAUCACCUUACCAAUAGUAAUAUAAAAAAAAAAGGAAACCAUAUGAAUACAUACCAUAAUGAUGAGCAUAUAGAAUAUUCAAACAUAUUUUCAUCAUUAAAUAAUAAUAAUAAUAAUAAUGAUAAUGAUUUAUAUUGUUAUAAUUAUCAUAUAAGAAAGGAAGAAAUAAAUGACCAUGUCCCAAGAGUACAACUUUUGCCAUUUUUUAUUUCAUCAAAUUAUUUAUAUAAGAAUAAUAAAAUUUGUAAAACUCGUGUCAUAAGCUUUAAUGAAAAGGAUAUUUAUUUUAAAAAUGACGAAAGUCAAAAUAUUCCAAAGGCCAUGGUCUUAUAUAUUAGAAAUAAAUUAUCUAAUAAAUUAAAAAAUAUAGAAAAGGAUGUUAUAAAAAAGGAGAAAGAACAUGUUAAACGAAUACUUAUAAAAAAUAAAAGAAAAAAAAUUAAAAAAAAUUCAAAGCAUGAAAGUUUUAAACCGACAAAGGAUUUAUAUAAAAUACAUAAUGAUCCUAUAAAUCAAAAAAAAAAAGAAGCGAAUAUUAAUCAAUAUAUUAUCAACGAAAAUAAUAAUAAUAAUAUUGUACCUAAUAUUCAACAUAAUAAUAUUAAGAACGUUCUUAAUUUUAUACAAAAUAAUCUUCAAGAUAAUCUACAAGAUGUAAAAUUACAAAAACUAUUAUUAAAAUAUUACAAAAAUUAUAUUAAUUCUCAUUAUAAAGAAAAUAUAUAUAUAAGUAAUAAUGAUUUUAUCAAUACAUUAUCAUUAAUUCAACAUAAUUAUAAAUUCAUCUAUAAAGAUAAUAACCAAUUACAUAAUACAUUAAUAGACCCAUGGCAAAUAGGAAUAGGAGAAAAUAAUUUAAGACUAAUGAAAAAAUUGUUUUCACAAAGAAUAUAA